AUGCAUUUCCUCCAUCGGCAGUUGUCAGCAGACGGUUUUCCUCCUAGGAUGGUGGACAGUCUCCCCACAGAGUUUGAUGUGGUUGUAAUAGGGACAGGUUUGCCAGAAUCUAUCCUUGCAGCUGCAUGUGCAAGAAGUGGUCAGAGGGUUCUGCAUAUUGAUUCAAGAAGUUAUUAUGGAGGAAACUGGGCUAGUUUCAGCUUUUCUGGAUUACUAUCCUGGCUGAAUGAGUAUCAGCAAAACAGUGGCAUUGGGGAAGAAAGUAUUGCUACAUGGCAAGACUCAAUCCAUGAAACAGAAGAAGCCAUCCCUCUUUGCAAGAAGGAUAAAAGCAUCCAACAUACAGAAGUUUUUUGUUAUACCAGGCAAGAUAUGGAGGACAGUGUUGGUGCUGUGCCAAAAAUUCCUUCCUCAGCGACAUCUAGUACCCUCACAGAACCUCUGAUUUCUACAACCUUCCCCAAAGAAAGGCACUCAUCAGACUUUGCUCACUACAAAACGUCUGCUAAACACACUCAAAAAAAUGAACAGAUUUCACUUGAAGUAACUGAUAUAGAAGAAUCACUGGAGAAAGAAAAGUAUUGUGGAGACAAAACUUCUGCACACACAGUUUCAGAUGGAGAUAAAGAUGAAAACAACCCUAAAGAAGACAAUACUGACCAACAAAAAAGAAAUAAGAUUACUUAAUCUCAAAUAAUUAAAGAAGAGAGGAGAUUUAAUAUUGAUUUGGUGUCAAAGUUGCUGUAUUCUCAAGGAUCCUAUCUUUUAAUCAAAUCAAAUGUUAGUCGUUAUGCAGAAUUUAAAAAUGUCACCAGGAUCCUUGCAUUUCGGGAAGGGAAGGUGGAACAGGUUCCUUGUUCUAGAGCAGAUGUCUUUAAUAGCAAAGAACUCACCAUGGUUGAAAAGAGGAUGCUAAUGAUAUUUCUUACAUUCUGUCUAGACUAUGAGCAGCAUCCUGAUGAAUACCAAGAUUUCAAACAAUGUUCAUUUUCAGAGUACUUGAAAACUAAAAAACUAACCCCCAACCUCCAACAUUUUGUGCUACAUUCAAUUGCAAUGACAUCAGAAACCUCAUGCACUACAUUAGAUGGUCUUAAAGCAACAAAAAAUUUUCUUCAGUGUCUUGGACGGUUUGGCAACACUCCCUUUUUAUGUCCUGUGUAUGGCCAAGAAAUCCCCCAGUGUUUCUGCAGAAUGUGUGCAGUUUUUGGUGGAAUCUAUUGUCUUCAUUACAAAGUACAAUGUCUUGUAGUUGACAAAGAAUCUGGAAGAUGUAAAGCCAUUAUAGAUCACUUUGGUCAAAGAAUAAAUGCUAAGUAUUUUAUCAUGGAGGAUAGUUACCUUUCUGAGGAAACAUGCUCAACUGUGCAGUAUAAGCAGAUCUCAAGGGCAGUGCUCAUCACAGAUCAGUCUCUACUAAAGACAAAUUCAGAUCAGAUUUCCAUUUUGAUAGUGCCUCCAGUAGAAGCACAAUCUUGUUCUGUUCGGGUCACAGAAUUAUGUUCUUCAACUAUGACAUGCAUGAAAGACACGUAUCUGGUACAUCUAACGUGUUCAUCUUCAAAAACGGCACGAGAAGACCUAGAACCGGUGACGCAGAAAUUAUUCACUCCUUAUGCUGAAACAGAAAUGGAAAAGGAAAGGUCCACAAAACCAAGACUCUUGUGGGCUCUUUAUUUUAACAUGAGAGAUUCCUCAGGAAUCAGCAGAAGCUCCUAUAAUGGCUUACCUUCCAAUGUUUUUGUCUGCUCUGGGCCUGACUGUGGCCUGGGAAAUGAGCAUGCAGUCAAGCAAGCCGAAACACUUUUUCAGGAGAUCUUUCCAGGUGAAGAAUUCUGCCCUCCACCUCCAAAUCCAGAAGACAUUAUCUAUGAUGGUGAUGACAGGCUACUGGAGGCUUCUGGAACCAGUGAUACAACAAUGGCCAAACAAGAAUCCUCUGAGGACAGCAAAAACUUAGAAAGUCCAGGGAAGCAGCUUCAAAAUUAGAAGAAAAAAGAAGUGGAGAUCCUCUUCAUCUUGGCAUCAGAAUGUUCUCAUCUAAAGGCCAUGUUUCCAUAUGAAUAAUUGGAAGUGGUUAUAUGGUGAAUGCUCUGCAGAUCUUGUCUUUGACUCUGCUUAGGGUAUUCAGGUUCAGGUGGUUUUUAUUAACCUGUCACUAAUUGACUUGUCAGUUGUUGGAGUCUUUGUUUCAGAAUCUGCUCUGUGAUCAGAAUCUUUAAACAGGGAUACCUUUGUUUUAAUAUUGUAUGUAUUGAGUUCCACGUUAGCAACUUUACUUAAAGAUAAUAUUGUAUAUACUAUCGGUCUUCAGACUGUCAUUUUCUACAGGACAAUAAAUAGGAUCUUAGGAAUAUUUUAGUUACUUUGGCAGCUGUUGUGUUGCUAUCACAUCUGUUUGAACAGUGAAAUACACAAAUAGAAAAUUAUGUGGGUCUUUGUAUAUAAUAUAAAAACGCAGAGUUUGUAGUAGGAAUAUCAAUACAAGUGCCAAUAUGAUAAAAGACAUUUGUUUAUAUUUGUUAAAAGAUUAGCUGUGCGUGAUUCUUUAUUCUUUGUGAAGAAUUUUACAUUUUGCCAUUUAUUUCACCUACUUGACCCUUAUAACUGAUGGGGCAGUGAAGCCA